GACGGUCGGUUCAAUGUUUACAAUUGUAUAGCUGGGAGUGACAGUCUUGAGAAGUAUCCGUGAAGCCUUAUUAAAAUUAGUGGCCGGCCAUUGAAAUAGGGACCAAAGACAACGUAGAAUAACAGUUUCUUCAGCAUGGACGAGUCAGUUUUGAAACUAUUAGAAACGGGCAACGAUCAAGAUGUUGUUCGUGUACUAAAGGAUUUUAUUAGAAAGUAUGAAAAACAGUUCACCCCUGUUGGGCUAAGUGAGGACCACUGUAAUCGCUUGUGGCGUGUCAUUAUGGGACGUUUAAGUGACUACUCUGCUAGUAGUACCCAUCAAACAUGUUUGUCAGCCAUCAGAAUCCUAAGCCGUGAUGAGUCCUCUCUUAAUAAUGUUAUUGACAGUGAAAGGUUGUCUUACAUAGUGAAACUAGCAGGUCUGGUUCCAGAGGAGGAAGCAUUGGAACGUCUCAAUCAACAGAUUAAUUAUGAAGUGGUUACUGAAGCACAGAAGUGUUUGAGUAAUCUCGUAUACAACAGUAAAGCAAUCCAGCGCAUGUGCUGUGUCAACUCCUGCAUCCCUGGGUUGAUGUGUCGUUUGAAAACUUUUAAGGAUCCAGACCUGCCCCAUGUUGUCAAGUACUUUGAUAUGAGAUUGCUCUUCCUUCUCACUGCUGUUUGCGCUGAUAUAAGACCUCGGUUGCGAAGUGAGUAUCAUGGACUUACUUACUUGAUAGAGGUGUUGGAUCUUUCUUUGAAAACAUCACAAGAAGAAAGUGAACUCCAACUUGUAAAUGGCUAUGCUCCAGCUCCAGUGAUUUUCAAUGAUGAACAAGCUGAGUUGGUGAAUGAAGUCCUGAAGGUUUUAUAUAACUUGGUUUUACACAUUGACAAAAACAGCCCGGAUGAAGAAGAGGACAGCCACUGUCUUCGCCUUAUAAGCAUCCUUCGCUCUCUCCUCUUGGCCACUACACGAUGCCCAGAAAAGACAGAUACACUUCACAGUAACACCGUGAAUUUACUACUUGUCAUGCCACCCAAUAUGUACGAGGAACUGUUGUCUGACAUGCCCCAAGCCAACUCAGAGCAUGGUUUGCCACCACCCCCACCUGUUGUCACGACGCAGCCAGUUGCUGGAGCAACAGCUCUGGUUGAAGCAGCUUGCUUCACAGAAGUCAGUGAAAAUCAGGCUCUUGAUGAGCGUAGCUGUGAAUAUGAUGGCAAAGAUAUGACAGUUAUUUUGAAGUUAUUAGAUUUUCUGGACUCUAGGUUGAAAGCUCCAGAAAACCAGUUUUUGACAUGGAAAACUUACAAGCCUGGUGUGUCAUCUGAUAAAACGUUGAUGCCAAUUUUGACGCUAAUGGUAGAAAUGACACAAGCUAAUAGAAUCAUUCGGAAGUUUGUCCGCUUACGAGUUCUGCCGCCCUUACGUGAUGUUUCCAAAAGACCUGAGGAGGGGAACACCAUCCGUAAUAAACUCUGCUCUCUAAUGACAUCCCCACUGCAUGAUCUUAAACAUCUUGCUGCAAAUUUCCUCUUUAUAUUAUGUAAAGAAAGUGUUGAUCGACUCAUUAAGUACACUGGCUAUGGCAAUGCUGCUGGCUUUUUGGCCUCUAGGGGACUGAUGCAUGGGGUCAGCAAACCGACAGUAGUUUAUUCCUCAGAUUCUGAAGAUUCUGACACUGAAGAAUAUGUAACAGCAAGUGGAAUGAUAAAUCCAGUAACAGGUCGAUAUGAACCUCCUCGUCCCUCUCCAUUAGCCGAUAUGACUGAAGAACAGAAAGAACAUGAAGCCAUGAAACUUGUCAAUGUUUUAGAUAAACUUACUCGGGGUAAUAUAAUUCAGCCCUGUCGUAUAGGUGAUGAUGGGAAGCCUCACCCUGUAGAAAGUGUCAUAGAGCUGCAAGAAAGCCUGGGAGGCUCCAAUCCAGCUGACCACAACAAUGAUGACUCAGACUAAAUGAAUUCAUCCAAAUGGCUGUUGAGUAAAAUUUUCUUCCCAUUACUGUUGUUGCCAUGUUCUGAAACACUCGUGCGAUUUCCCCUGAGGCUAUCAAGUGAUGCUUUUGUCAUGUUUGGAUAUAUAGUGUAAACAGAUUGCACGGGUGUUUUGGUACAGUGACAUUGUUAGUUUUAAGGCUUCUCUCUGAGCUUCACCAUUGUCUUUAUUUAUUAUUGAGUUAAUGAUGAGUUUGGAUAGUAAUGCCAUUUUAAUAUCAAAUUUAUUGUUGAUUGGAUUUAACAUAAAGCUAAAUGCAGCUUUGGUUAGCUGGCCAGUCAGUUGUAGUUGGUACUGAACAUCCAAUUUAGGAUUUAAUUUAGGUGACCAAAGAGAUGUCCUUUAAUUUUUACGGAACUUAAUCAUUUCAGUGACAGAUUUUGUUUACAAGUUAUAACCGUCUAACACAUUAUCAUGUCUAUUGAAAAUUUGUUUCCUGAGCACUAAUAACUGCCACUGGAUUUCGUAAUCCACUCUGUCUCCAAGAAUUAGUGUCAUAGGUAUCAUUUGCAGUGCUUAAUAUUUUGGGAAAAAAUGCCAAACUUAGAUUUAUGCAGUGCCAAUGUGUUGUAUAUUCAUACUUUUACUAUAAAAGGGAACUUUUCAUCUCCCAGUUUUCUGAAUGUUACAUCCUCGUCCUCAACAUUCAUUGAAAUGGUAGCAGUAACUUCAACGAAGUGACAAAAGUAAUACACCAGUAGUAUUAUAUUUUGAUAAAAAAUGUCAGAAAUAAACCAAAUAUGAUUCUAUUUGGUGUGACUUUAUAAGGAACUCUUCUUUGCUUGAGACCAUCAUUAACAGUGAAGUUACUUUGUCUUGUACAAUUUUUUAUGCAAAACCAGGUAAGAAGGGAAAGAAUACUAUUCCAUUGAAGACAUUACUGCAGCUUUACAGCAAAGAUUAUGUGACUUUGCAACUAAUUCUUAAACUUUUGUAUCCCUUUCUUCAAGUGUAGUUGUAGCAAGUGCCCUGAUAUUGAACAGCCUCCUGCUAGGAAGCUAAAUAAUGUACAGGUAUAUUAGUUUUUUAUUUUUCAGGCUUCAACAAUUAUGUAAAAAUCAUUUGCAGUCUUCAUAUUUUAAAAAAAUAGCCCCUUGUAUUCGAAGGGAAUAUCGUUAUGCCGAAGUAUUUUCAUAUGCAAUCUUCAUUGUUAAACUAUUUUUGAAUAGAUGAUUAACUGUAAAAGUUGGAAGAACAGUUAAUUAAGUCUUUCAUUUCAGACUAUUAUAACUUUCAUUCGCAAAGGUCUGAAUUCAUUUGAUGGGAGCAGUGUUUAAGUCAAUUAGCUUUCCUCCUUUCAGCAUUUGGAAGUUGCUGUUACUAAGCAAAGGACUUUUUCAGGCAGCAACCAAGAAGGGAAAUGUGAUUAAUUGAUGUAAUGAUUAUUUAAGGUAUAGAAUGUUAGUAUGUACAGGAAGGACACUAAUAAGCAGAGAAACUUACUUAGCAUUUUGUAGGAAAUAAACAGUAGAGUGCUAUUUAUCCAGUGUCCAAGUAAAGCAAUAUAUGGAAGCUUUUAUAAUUUGAACACCUUGGAAAAGUAAUAAUGUAUUAUUAAAUGUGAAAAGUUAAAAAAUGUAAUGUAUUAUUGAAUAUGAAAAGUUUUAAAAAUAAUGUCUGUGUUCUUUUGAAAAUGAGGGUUUUUUCCGGGGAUACCAUUCAUUGUGUGCUUGUGUGGCAUGCUGUGGGUGGUACUGAAGAUCAUUUGCAGCAUGAUUUUGGCCCCAGCUGCUGUCCAGUAUCUUUAACAAUACGUUGCUGUUCUGCAGGAAUUAUUUAUGUAAACCUUAUGGGAGUGUAGAAAUGUGACAGUCUCAUUUAAUUACAUAUAAUUUGUAAUAUACUACUACGUACUUCAGUCGCUGUUAGAAAAAGCAGACUGCAUACAAUUCCUUUAUAAAGUUAAUUUGGAUGAAAGUUUAACAUCCUAACUUAUGUUUUACUCAGCUCACUGGAGUUCCAUUUUCAUCCAGUAUGAAGUUUGCCUAGUGGCCAUUGGCUUUAUUUUUACUAUUUGCUGAAACUGCCCAGUGGUUUGAGUACCAUACUGAACAUUCCUCGUUUGGCAAAGCAGUGGCAAUUGUACAUUGUUUCAUUAUCAAGAGUAUCAUAAGCCUUAAAAACUGUUGGACGUAAUGGAAUACUUUGCUCGAGAUGUUCAUUAUCAUCAAGAAUGUCAGAAUUAUCAAAUUUCCUCUUAAUAUGGAUAAUUCUGCAUACAGGGUUUGUUUGCAAUUUUAGUUUUUCAACCAUAAUAAAUUUGAAUUGCAUGUAUCAUCUGUAGCUUGUCAUAUGAAUUUUCAUAAAAUCUUAUUGAUUAUUUUGGAUGGAGUUGCUUACUCCCUCAACCUGUAAGAUUUCAUGUGGAUGUAGACAUAACUGGAUACUGUAAAGUGGAUAAAAAUGUGCACAUAGGGACUGGUGUUAGUAGAGGUAUGCACUACCUGAAUGCUUCCUAGUUUGCUUAUGUUCUAAAACUGUAAUAGUGUUUGACAGUAGCUUGAUUAAAGUUGCCUGGUGUUUUUAAAUUGGUUGAUUCUAUUACUGUUACAGCUAUGCAAUAUGUCAGGCAAAAGAAAGCCCAGUGUCAAGAGAGAGAAAGCUGAGUGAUAGUUGUUAAUCCUAAAUCAAGGCUUCAUAAUACAGAUACUAGUGUUGUAUAGCUUGCAAACAAAAUAAGAUUAAAUGCAUUUACAAAUUAGGGUUCCAUUGAAUUUGUUUUGGAUAUAUUUUUAGUUACGUGUAAUCUCAAACAUGAAAUUCUUUUGCAACAUACGAAAUAAGUAUGUGCUUCAAUAAGUAGGCAUUAUCAGUUGCUGAUAAAAUUUUAAUUUUGUUGUCAAUUUAAAUGGAGAUGCUUAUAGUACUUCAAUUCCCUUUUAAGUGGAUUAAGUAACCAUUUGCACAUGUGUCCUGUCAGCUGCUAGGUAUUUAUGAGGAGCUUGAUUUUUGUUACUAAACUUUUAGUUGACCAUCAUGCCAAUAAUGUUUUGAUGAUGACUUAUCAGAUUAUAUGCUAAGUUGUUUGAAAAAGAAAUAAAACUAAUUUCAAAGGUGGAAAGUUAAAAAUAAAUCUUCAUCUCCAUUAAUUUUGUGAUCAAGGAAAUCACUGUUGUUAUUUUUGUGAAUUUGGAGAAAACAUACACUAAUUUCAACACAAAAGAUUUUACUCCUAAGAAAGUCUGAUUGAAUGAUAUACCAUUGUGAAGCCAAACCCGAUUGUGAUAAAGAAAAAUGUACUUACAAAGGGAGGUUUGCUUAUGGAACACUGUUAUGGUUGUUACCCUGAUGUAUGUGUAAAGGGGAUAUAGUAAGAGGUCUCUUGCCAUGAUAGGGGCACAUUUCAUUUUAACAUCACUGGAAGAUUUUACACAUUGCAGGACAGGCAGUAACAAGACCAGGAGAUUCGCCAAUCCUACCUCCAGUUGAGGCUUAGGGAAGCAGUGCUUAUACAUUUGACAUUAAUUUCUUACAGUAAUAAUGGCAUUGAUAAGUGUUGGGAGCUUAAGCUUUUAAAAAUCUAUUUACUGUAUGUAUACAGAUGGACUACACUGCUGCAAGGAUAGUGAUGAUUAAUAAAGGAUUGUUAGUAAACCCACUUAUGUCAGAGUAACAGUCAACCCGGCAAAGAUGCACGACCUUCUAGUUAGUGAAGCACGUCACUGCCUUUUACUCGAGAAAGCAAUCAGCAGUUUUAUGAUUUCUGUUGCUAAAGGUCUUGUGUAUAUUUUGUAAAGAAAUUGUUUAAAAAUAAAAGUGCUGUAAUUCAGGUUUCAAAUAUUUAUGCUUCCAUUCGAAUAUUUUGUUUGAUCAAGACAGUAUAUCAUUGUACAGCUUUCCAUGAUUGUGCCCUGUGUGAUCUGUGAUUAAGUAAUAUAAAUGCCCUUUGUACCAUUUAACCCCUUGAGGUUGCCACAUAUCAGUAGUGAUACCCUGAUGGUCAAGAAGUAUUACCCAAGUGUGAGCAGACACCGAUGUUGAUCAAAAUGAUGCUGUUGCAAUUGAAUAUGUACUGUAUACAUGAUGUAAGGAGAGGUAAAAUAUUUAGUGUAAUUUUACAAUAGAAAACCUACAGUUUUAUGAACUGAGGUCAAAGCUCCAGUUACCAGGGUUGGUAAAAUAAGUACUUACUAUAUGUGGAUUUAAAGAGGACUAAUUUUAUAGAUUUAAAAGUACAUUUUAUUUUUAUUGUGUAAAUGUGAUGUAUUUAGAUUUUUUAUUUAUAAUUUUUAUGAUAACUAUUUAUAGCACACUUCAUUGCUUCAUUACAGGAACACAAACAUCUAUACACAUUCCAUUCUUACAUUUUAUGCCAUGAUGAUUACAAGAGGUAGACUGGAUUUAGGCAUUAUAUUCCCAUUUCAGGCUGAAUUUGGUAAUGACACUGCACUUGUUGGGAUGUGAUUUAGCUUAGGUACAAUACCUGUCAUUUCAUUGGUUGUUACCUUUAUCAGAUGCUAUGCAAUGUGAUGCAGCUCUCAUUGUAUAUUUUUGUUCUUUGUAAGACAUUUCAUAUCUCUACACUGACUGUAUUUCCAUUGAAAAAAAAAAUUUACAUGAAAAGGGAUUUAAUUUUUUUGCGAAACCCCAUUUUGAAGACAUAAUUGUAAGUCUCAGAAUGUCUUUCAAUAUGCCCUUUUAAUGUAAUUAGCCAUCACAUUGCUCUUGCAUUAGAUAUUGUAUCUUGUAAGCAUAUUUUAAUUAAAUUUUGCAAAGUAAAGUAAGAUGCUGCUAGUUUCAUUUUUUUUCUUUUGUGCAGUGUCCAUAAUUACCAGGUUCUUUGACUGUGGGUUCAAACAUAAUUGGAAUUAAUGACUUUAAUGCGUUGUUGCACCUGCUUCAAUACACAACGAACACUUAGUUUUUCAUCCUCUCUUACUUAUGCUGUGUGUUCGAGAUUUUGUUAGAUAUAUUGAUGUUUAUCAGAUAAAUAUUGUAAACUUUGAAAUAAGAAUAUAUAUGAUUUAUUGUAA